AUGUCGAUUUACAUCGAUAUCGACCGUUUCAACCGAACCGACAACCGUUCAGCCGCAGACAGCAUAUAGGGACAUCUCCCCUGUGGGUAACAGGCUCAACAAAUCAGUUUGGUAGCUGUCUUGUGUGUCUCAUAUAUGUUAUGUUGGGAAGGUGCAGACGAAAGGUGUUGGGUACUGUUGGGUAGGUAGUCGGUCGGACGUUUUGUGUGUCGCACCCUAUUAGUUGUAGGACAUGCAAUCUCCAUCAGUUUACAAACAUAUUCUCAGUUUGGUAUGCAUAUGUGGGGAGUAUGUGCGGAUAAUAAUGUGCCAUCUCUAUCAUCGAAAG